AGGAGACACAGACGAAGACAAAAGGCCAUCCAGUUUCACUCAGACACGCAGACAAACAGAGAAACCAACGCCAACCAGAUCCAAUAUGGUGUCAGCUGGGUUACAGAUGCUGGGCACAGCCAUGGGGGUCAUAGGCUGGAUCGGGACUAUCAUCGAAUGCGCCAUGCCCAUGUGGAGGGUCUCCGCCUUCAUUGACAGCAACAUCAUCACCUCUCAGGUCAUCUGGGAGGGUAUCUGGAUGAGAUGCGUGGUUCAGAGCACGGGCCAGAUGCAGUGUAAGAUAUAUGACUCCAUGCUGGCCUUACCUCAGGACCUCCAGGCUGCCAGAGCCAUGACUGUCAUCGCCAUCCUCUCCGGCAUCAUCGCCAUCCUAUUGGCUGUAGCCAGGGGAAAGUGCACCAACUGCGUGGAGGACGAGGCAUCCAAGGCUAAAGUGGGCGUGGCGUCUGGGGUGGUGUUCAUCAUUGCCGGGGUUCUGUGUCUGAUCCCUGUCUGCUGGACGGCCCACAGCAUCAUCCAGGACUUCUACAACCCGCACCUGAUAAGCGCUAAGAAGAGGGAGCUGGGGGCCAUGGCUUCCCAGGGCCUCCAGAUUAUGGGAGUAAUGCUGGCCAUGAUUGGCUGGCUGGGGACCAUCCUCACUUGUGCCAUGCCCAUGUGGAGGGUCACUGCCUUUGUCGGAGCCAACAUCGUCACCGCUCAGGUCAUCUGGGAAGGGUUAUGGAUGAACUGCGUGGUUCAGAGCACGGGCCAGAUGCAGUGUAAGGUCUAUGACUCCAUGCUGGCCUUACCCCAGGACCUCCAGGCCGCCAGAGCUAUGGUCAUCGUGGCAGUGAUUGUAGGCGUCUGCGGCGUCUUGAUGGCCAUCGUCGGGGGGAAAUGCACCAACUGCAUGGAGGACGAGGCUGCCAAAGCCAAAGCCUGCAUCAUCGCCGGGAUCAUCUUCAUCAUCUGUGGCCUCCUCAUCUUCAUCCCUGUGUCAUGGUCGGCCAAUACCCUGAUCAGAGACUUCUAUAACCCCUUGGUGAUAGAGGCCCAGAGGAGGGAGCUGGGGGCGUCUCUGUACAUCGGCUGGGGCUCCGCAGGGCUGCUGCUGUUGGGAGGGGGUCUGCUCUGCUGCAACUGCCCCCCCAAGGAGGGCAACAUGGGCAGGCCAUAUGUGGCGGCUAAGUUCGCCCCCAUCCGGACCACAUCUCCAUCCAUGAACUAUGUGUGAGUGAGGAGUAGAGUCUCUGGUGGAUAUGGGGACAUUCUACAUUUUUUACAUUUGACAUUUUAGUCAUUUAGCAGACGCUCUUAUCCAGAGUGACUUACAGUUAGUCCAUUCAUCUUCAGACCGCUUGGUGGGACAACCACAUAUCACAGGCAUAGUAUGUACACUUUUCCUCAAUAAAGCAGCUAUCAGCAAAGUCAGAGCUAGUAAGGGGAGGGGUUCAGGUGCUUUUGGAAGAUGGGACUGGGGAUAUAGGAGCAGGAUGAGGUGUUCAGUGUUACAGAUGAAAUAUUGAUGCUCUUAUUGAGUUGUCCGAUGCUCUUUUGCAGAUGACACUAAGUUUGGUCUAUUCUACAUAUUGCCAGCUCUAUGUUCUAAGUAUAUAUUAUAUCUUAUGACAUGAUAUGAUGUUGGGUCUGCUCCGCUUGAUAUAUUUCUAUAUUCUGAAUGUUGCUAGGUGACUGUAAUGUUUUUACAUUGAUGUCCUCCUGUGACAACAUUUAUUUUUUCUGCUCAAAUGUAAUGUUACAUUCUGUCUGUAUCCUAUUAUAAGAGUACUCUCUUUUGUAUGCUUUUCAGUAUGUGCAUUUUCCCCCUUCAUUUCACAAAUAUUCACAUUUUAAAUAAAAGUAGAUUUUAAAACGAAAAUAAAUGUUUGUUUGAA